ACUGAGUCCAGCGAGACAAGAAGACCACGUCCAAGCAGGAAAACCUUAGUGACUGUUUCGUCCCUGACAACUCUGAAAACAAACCAAACCAAAAAAAGUUAAGGCAGCUAUAGGACAUAGUUUGCAACUUUUGUUUGUCCUAGAGGUUGCACUCACAUGUUGACGAGUCUCGAGGUUUUGUCUUCCAAAUGGAUCUUAUCUAAAAGACAGACUCUCCGUUGAGGAUUAUCUGUCUGCUGUGUGAGCUUGAACGCCGUCGAGCGUAGACGUUUCUCCGGAAUGUAGCGCAGGAUAAGGCUUUGCCCGACACAUGGCCUCACGCGGCUGGAGAGAGCACAGCUGCCGUGACUGUAGGAUAAAGCUGUCUGCUACCGUGUCAUUCCUGCCUCUGCUCGAGCCAUAGCACCACCACCGCUGCUGUUAUUGCUGCACCUGCUCUUCCUCCUCCUCCUCUUCUUCAUCAGCUUCCUCCUCCUCUCCAGACAUCUUUGGGAAUGGGCUUGCGCCUUGCCAGGGUGCAUCUCUCCACCCGGUGGCGUGGCUGGCAUCAUGUGAGAGUGAGGAGGGCAGCGGCCAGGUCAUAGGGCCUGCCCCCCCCUCCCCCCCUUGCUUGCUCACAAGUGACUUUUGACCUUUGACUCAGCCACGAUUCUGCCGUGACCUCUGGCCAGCCAUGCCCUUCCGGCUGAAGCUGAGGCGCACACGGCGCUACAAUGUCCUGAGCAAGAAUUACUUUGUGACGCGGAUUCGCCUACUGGACAGCAAUGUGAUCGAAUGCACUCUGUCAGUGGAGAGUACGGGACAGGAAUGUCUGGAGGCGGUGGCCCAGAGGCUGGAGCUACGGGAGACCCAUUACUUCGGCCUGUGGUUCCAAGGAAAGACCCAAGCUCCGGCCCAGCGCUGGGUGGAACUGGAGAAACCCCUCAAAAAGCAGCUGGACAAGUUUGGCAACGAGCCACUGCUCUUCUUUGGAGUCAUGUUCUACGUGCCCAGUGUCUCCCGACUGGAGCAAGAGGCCACCAGGUAUCAGUAUUACCUGCAGGUGAAGAAGGAGGUGCUAGAUGGACGUCUCAACUGCACAGUAGAGCAGGCGAUCAGACUGGCUGGCCUGGCAAUACAAGCUGAUUUUGGAGACUUCACUCAGUUCAGGUCUCAGGACUUCCUCAGUGAGUACGCGCUCUUCCCUGUGAGCUGGCCUAAUGGCAAUGAGGUGCUGGAGGAGUGGACCCAGAAGGUCGCUGAGGAGCACAAGAGUCACUAUCGGAUGCAGACUGCUGAAGCAGAGCUGCUGUACAUCAAAGAGGUGGAGAAACUGGACGGAUUUGGCCAAGAAAGUUUUGCUGCUAAGGACAACUACACCAAUGAUAUUUUUAUUGGAGUGUCCUUCAUUGGGGUGUUUGUGAAACACAGAAAUGGCAGAUCCAUCAUGCUCCACAAGUGGAAGGACAUUGGUACCAUAGCACACAACAAGUCAGCCAUCACAGUGGAGAUAACAAGCAGAGACGACACCAUCAUUUUUCACAUGGAGGAUAUGGAAAUGGCCAAGUACAUCGCUCGUCUUUUCACGGCCAGACACAAGUUCUACAAACAGAACAAGAUUUGUGCAGAGCCCACUCACUCACCUGCACCGAUCAGGAGGAGACCCACCUGGACUCAUCGCCUCUCUCUGCCCCGGCCCCAGUCUUGUAACUUCCAGUCACUGCAUUCUCAGUAUGGAGAGCAUUAUCAAGACACACAGAGCUCUCAAGACAGCAUUUUCCAUGACGACCCCUACUACAAGUCAGAGACCAGUCUGGACCGCUGCCCAGUAGAUUUUCCCUUCCGUAAUGGUACUGUACCCAACGGAAGCAUGUACAGCAGCCCCAGCCUGAGCUCUCUCAAUCAUUCCCAGACUUUCAUCUCACCCUCACCCAUGUCCUCCAACCUCAGCAUCCCUAGUGAGCUUAUGCGCCCCGACUACAUCCCCAGCCACCGCCAUAGCGCCAUCAUUGCUCCGUCCUACCGGCCCACGCCUGAGUACGAUGCUGUCAUGCGUCAGAAGCGGCACAUGCCGCCUGCUCACCAUGAACUCCACAGCCAAUCGUUACGUAGUCUGAACAUCAGUAAUGCCUGUGCUUACCGCCAGCCUGAAGCACUGGUGUAUAGCCAGCCAGAAAUGAGGGAGAGGGGUCCUUAUCAUGGCCUGGGACCCAACCCUGGACCUUACACUCCACAGAUCAGCUACAGUAAGCCAGUGUCCCAUGGCCCUCAUCAGGGAGGGCCAGUCAGCAGCCAGGGUCCCUGUCAUUCACCUUGUGUUAAUGGUGGUGGGGGCGGGGGUGGAGGCAUAGGAAGCUCCAUUUCUCACACUGUCAGCACACCUGAGCUGGCAAAUACCAAACAACAGGGAACCAACACAGGAACCUGUGCAGCAACGGCUAACAUGCUGCGAAACCAUGUGUCACGCCCUCCUCCACCUUACCCAUCCAGCUCCUUCCGCCCAGCCACCAGCACACCGGACCUGGCCAGCCACCGUCACCGCUGCAUUGGGGGCAGCAGUCCUGAGCUGGUUACCCGCAUGGUGCAGCUGUCAGUUAAGACCUUCCAGCCGGAUAGCUCGGCCGUGGUGCAUCAGUCCCUGCAGGAGGUUAGUGAACCGUUAACUGCAGCUGCUAAGCACCGCUGCACUCUGGGCAAGAGGCACAGCAUGGAGGUGAUCAGCAGCAUGAGGGGAGGAGGAGGAGGAAUGGAGGGCAUGGUGAUGAAGGGCAUGAAUACUCCCUUGCAUCGUAGGAAUACUCUUAGAGAACAUGUGAUGCCAGCUCAGCCUCAGGCCAUUCCUCCUCCCCAGCCCCAAACCCCUCAGCCUCAACCCCAGCCACAACCUCAGCCCCCUCCUCAGCAGCCAAAGGAGCUGCCUAUGCAGAUGCCUACUCAGAAAGCACCAGAGGCCUCUGUAGCGCCGCUAGCAGCAGUGGCCUAUCAGCAUCAAAAGACUCUCUCCAAUGCUACCAUGCUCAUACACAGUAGUGAGAGUGAAGAAGAGGAGGAGGAGGAAGAGGAGAGGCCUGAGCUGGAUGUUCAGAUCCCAGGUCUCAAUGAGGACAUCAGCAUUAGUGCUCAGCUCCAGGCUGCUCUGGCCAAGCUGCCCAACAAACCCCCUCCAGUGUACCCUGGUCCUCCUAGACCUCCUAGCAACACUCAGAUUCGAACCCACAGCCACACUCACCACCACAACCACACUCAAAGACUACAGAGCAACCAGGGACCACUGGACCCAAACCAAGCCCAGGACCAAGCCUUCAAAAUAGGACAGAGUCAUGGCGGUGGUGGGCCUGGAUGUGGCGUUGGUGCAGGUGGGACACUGACACGAGGGGACCAGGGUGGGGUGAAUGGUGCAGUUUUAGGUCCAUCCAUUUCAGAACCGGACCUGACAAGUGUGAAGGAGAGGGUGAGGAAGGAGCCAGUCAAAGAGAGGCCAGUGUCAGAGAUGUUCUCCCUGGAAGACAGCAUAGUGGAGCGGGAAAUCGCUCAAAGGACACUGGAAAGACAAAAGAUGUCUGUGGACUCCAUGAAGAGGCCGCUGAUGAUGGCUGCCCUCAACGGCCUCUAUGUGGCCCGAAUGCCUGUCCCCGAGAGUCCUGGGGAGGAAGGCGCCAAAGCUAAUACAGAUGAACGGUGUAAGACCUUGGAGUUGAAGCUGGAAGGGGAACAGGUCUUCACUGAGUUUGAGCAGGUGCCUAAAAAGAGGGCAAACUGCAUUCUCACCACAGCAACUUUGCCCGAAAACACAGAGCGCAACCGUUUCCGUGACGUCGUUCCUUAUGAAGAGAAUCGCGUUGAGCUUGUACCCAACAAGGAGAACAACACGGGUUACAUUAACGCCUCGCAUAUCAAGGUGAUGAUCAGAGGAGAGGAGUGGCACUACAUUGCCACCCAGGGCCCGCUAACCAACACCUGUGCCGACUUCUGGCAGAUGGUCUGGGAGCAGGGGGUCAAUGUCAUCGCCAUGGUUACUGCUGAGGAGGAGGGUGGACGGUCCAAGAGUCACCGCUAUUGGCCCAAACUGGGCUCUAAGCACAACUCGGCCACUCACGGCAAGUUCAAGGUGACCACGAAAUUCCGUACUGACUCAGGCUGCUACGCCACCACAGGGUUAAAGGUCAAACACCUGCUGUCUGGCCAGGAGAGGACAGUCUGGCACCUGCAGUACACUGACUGGCCUGAGCAGGGCUGUCCUGAAUAUGUCGUGGGAUUUCUCUCCUACUUAGAGGAGAUCCAGUCUGUAAGGAGACACACUAACUCCAUGCUGGACACUUCGAAGAGUCUCAAUCCUCCUGUGGUGGUGCACUGUAGUGCUGGGGUGGGUCGUACUGGAGUGGUCAUCCUCACUGAGCUCAUGAUCAGCUGCUUGGAGCACAAUGAGCCAAUGGAGGUUCCCACCAUGUUGUCAGAGCUGAGGCAGCAGAGGAUGUUGAUGGUGCAGACCAUCUCCCAGUACAAGUUUGUCUACCAGGUCCUCAUCCAGUCCCUCAAAAACUCCCGCCUCAUCUGAGCCCGGGCCUUUGGGCCAUGACCUUUGACCUUGCAUGAUAGUUCAGAAUGGCACCAGGUGACAACAGUGGUACUUCAUAUGAGGACUUGUACAACAGGUAUAACUGAGCAUCUGUUGAAAGCAGAUGCAAUUAGAAGCAACUCCACUUUGAGACUGAGGCUUUGAUGUGGCAGUUAUCAGGUAUGGUUUAUGAUUAUACACCAGUCCUUUCCUGCCUUGAGGAAAGGACUGGCCUGUAUAGAAUCUGAUGACAAUUACUCCUAAUUAGUGUUCCACUUUUAUUCUUUUAUCUCCUGGGAUUCAGUCACGGACCUGGUCCUUCUGUGUGGCGCAUGAAUGUGUGCGCUAGGGUUGGGCAGUAUCCAAUUUUUGAUACCUUUUAAAGGUGCAUUAACUAAGAUUUAGCACAAAUUUAUCUUUGCUAUCUUCAGGCCCUGUGUUUAUUUCUACCCCUCUCUGGUAGUGUUGUUAAACUCUUCACCGCACUUUUUCCAUGCACAUCUUAAAACGGGUUAUAAGAUGUGCUUUUCAAACCAGUAUGGCUUGUUUCAAAAACUGACCAUAGAGGCUCCCUGUGCAAAUACAAACCAGGAUGGGAGUGGAGCCGUUGGACCCAAGAGGCCGUGUUCUGUAGCACAGAAAGCGUGUGACAAAGAACAAGGUAAAACCAGAGUUAACAUCAGUUUGGCAUGUCAGAGAUGGAGAGCAUUAAAAACAUCCAAAGCACUAAAAGUUGAUGCAGAUGUGGCUUUCUUCCUGGCAGACGCCAAGUACUGUAACUGGCUAACGUUAGCAUUUCAAUUGAUUAUAGUUGUAAUUUGGACUGCAACAUUAGUGUUUUAUUGUCCAGUUAGCAGAAAUGCAUGUUUUCCUGGAUUAGCAAAUGAUCAAAGCCUAGCCUGAAACUUAUGUUGCUGCAGAUUCAUCCACUACAAACAACAUUAGACGUACGUAUACAUAUGUGUAUGCAUUACCACAUAUGACUUAGUUUCACAGAUGGGGCAGGAGGGGAUACUGCUAGAGUUCGUUUUGAUUUUCACUUCACCCUUAAUGGUUGAAAAUUAGAAGGAGAAGUUAGUUAAUGCAACUUUAAAUCUUCCCCAAAAUAUAUUCUGGUAUAUGGUAUUACUGUCUGCCUCCCCAACAGACAAGAACAACAGAAAAAUGACUCCACACUCUAAUCUCAGCUCUUGGUUCAGGAGCUAACGCUAGCUAGCUGUUGUCGGCAGAUGACACACUGCAGAUGAAUCAAUUUCUGUUGUGCCUGCGCUCAGACUCGACACCAAAGUGGACGUUUGAACAUAUCUGAAGUAUCCUUUACUGUAUGUAACUAUAUGGGAUAGUAUUUAUUUUUUAAAUUAACAUACCAAUGUAUGUAUUGUAUAUCUCUGAAGGAUAAUGAGUGUGAUCUUUCCAAAAUGGCACAUUUACCCAACAUUCAACAUGGCACGAUAACAACUUACGAUCUCUAUAAGAGGCUGUCAUGUCAUGCGCAAGUAUGAGAGCGCCUAAUUAAUGAGUUAAUCAUUUUGACAGGUUAUUUGAUAAUUUAGGCUUAACAUCAUUUACAGGAAUUUUGUCAUUGCUUUUAUAGCAUCUUCAAACAGGCAGUGGUGCUGCUGCCGGACAUCGACACACUUUUCAGGCAUUUAUUAUGAACAGUGCACAUUACACAGCAGAUGUUUUUUCAUGAAGGUAAUUAAAAGAAUACUGUUGCUAUUUUUAAAUACCCCAAAAUACUGUAUUACUGCACAACCCUAGUGUGCACAUUUCCUCCAUGCAUGUGAGGUGGCAUCACUGUGUCUGUGCCCUCUAUGUUCUGGAGAUUUCUCUAUAUCUCACUUACAGUUUCUAUAGGUUGCCUGCCUGCUACCUUUCUCAUUCAUUAAUUAGCCAUUACUAAAAAGGGCACUAUGCUUCAUGAACACUAGGUGGCAGCAGUGUAUUACUAUACGCUACACUCUGAAAGAGUUUGCCAAACAAAAGUAUUCUGUUCUAAAAUCUUUUUUAACAUAUUAUUAAUACAGCAGAUAUUUACUUCAACGUUGUAACAAUUGUUUUUAUUUAUUUCUAUCACCAUUGUGGUCACCUUUGCCAUUGAAUCCAGCAUUGAUAACCGUGUUAACCUUUUGAACUUAAUUUUCACUGUAGUUUUUGGAAAGUCUUCCUAGUGCAUAUACAAGAAACAUGGCCCUAAUAUUUAACAGUAUCCAGAGAUCUUGUAUAUGGGCUCUUGAAUCUUGCUUACUUUAGACGCUGUAAAAAAGUUAUGGCUGUUUGGAGCCUUUGGGGUAACAUUUAAAAAAAAAAAAAAAAAAAAAAAAAAAAAAAUAUUAGGGUCUUGUGUUUUGCAACGAGGAAACAUCAACUAGUGCACAAAUGUUUCAGUGGAGGUCUAUGGCACAGAUAAAUAUGAUAAUCCAGGGCUGACAGAUAUUAACAGUGAGUAGAUGCAAAUCAUUGUUGGUUUUAAUUUCUGUACAAGGAGUGUUUAAAAUACUGUUAACCUAGAGAACGACUGACCUUAUCCUUUAAGAUCUCCUUUCACAUGCAAAAACACACACAAAGUGUAUUUUAACAAUCACUUGUUUUUUGAGUCACAUGUAUCUUAUCACAUUUAUUACAUGAAAGCAUUUUGAAGAAAAUGUCUGUACAAUGAACUGGAGAUCAUUUAUAUAAUUUCACAGUUUGCAUAUGCCACCAAAAGAAAACCAUGCUCUUAAACUGAAAAUGCUGUAUAUGCAGCAUCAUCGUGCCUUAUUGGAACAAGGAACUAUCUGAUCCUUGUUUUAGGGGUAGGGUUGGUAAACUACAUCUUUGUUUAGACCUCCAAAGAUUAAAUCAGUAUUUGUUUGCUUUUUGUUAUAAGAAUAAAAUCUUUUCAAAUCAUUUAGCCAUCUCUCAGGUAAGGAGUAUGGCAGUAGGAGAAUGCUGAUAUCUUGGUUUAUUUCUGAAGGGUAGUAGUUUAAAAGUGACUUCGUCUAUGCUAAAAUAAAGGCAGCGGUUUGUCAUAAUCGGAUCCAAACCCAUCAGAUUAUUGUGUUGCCAAGUUUCUUGAUACUGUUCAUAUAAUUACUCUGAAGAAUUUUCUUCAUCCAUGUUAGGUUGAAAUAUGUUUUUAUUUUUCUUAAUCUAAUGCAAAGCCAGUCAUGUCUAAAGUAACUUUGUACAUAAUGGGCAUGUGAGAAAAGAUUUCCACAAAUGAUUUAUAUAGUUCCUUGACUUGGUACCCUAAAAAUACUGCAACAUAAUAAACUAUGCAUGUUUUCUAUUUCAAUGUAUAUAUUCUCAGAUAAGCUUUAUGCUUUCUUGACAAGUGUUUUGUUGCACUUCUGUUCUUUAUGACAGUAUUUUCUAACACAGCCUUCCACUCUUUGUUUAUAUUUUAUUUUUUCCCCUUAUGUUAAAUUUUUGGCAAAACCCAGAUAUGUUUGUGUACAUAUGUUUUGUAUAUGUGUUUUCAAUGUAUCAAUCUUUUUGUUUUUCAUCCCCGAACAUUCAUGAAGCUGUCAUACUUGCUCAUUAUGCAAUAAAGCCUUAUUUUCUUUAA